AUGUCCAACAAAAUGUCACGGCCCAAGCCGCCGCCUCCCGGCAACGAGGAGGCAUCGGCGACGCUAAACCUCGGAGAGUUUCAAAACGUCGACACUCUGACGCUAUCGGAAGCGUCGCUGGUCCUGAACGCGCUGGUCGCGAAGCGUCGCAACGACCGGAAGAAUGUCAACGAGACUGAGAUGCUGAACCAGACGCUCAGCUACCUCGACCACUUUGCGCGCUUCACGCAAAAGGAAAACGUCGAGGCCGUCGAGCGACUGCUCAGCGCGCACAAGGACCUGGCCAAGUUUGAGCGCGCCCAGCUGGGAUCUCUAUGUUGCGAGAAUGCCGACGAGGCCAAGACGCUGAUUCCGUCGCUCGCCGACAAGAUCAAGGACGAUGAUCUGGAAGACUUGCUCCAGGAAAUCUCCAAGCUGCAAAAUCGGUAA